GAGUUAAAUCAUCAAGUCCAAUCCAGGCAAUAGUUGGAGCUAGAGAAUAGGUCCAAUUGAGAAGAGCUUCCCACUCUCUGAAAGCCCUAAAUACUCAAUCUACCGCCGUUGGUGUUUCUGUUCUUCAGUCCCAAACUGACAGAUAUGCUUUGUCUAUAAUAUUUAUUACACCGCAACUGCACCAUCUCAUAUUUUUUUUCUGUUCUAGCCGCUCGAACAGCCAAUUUGCACCCUGCAUAUUCAUUUUCAAUUUCCAUAAUCCACUGCUCUAAUGAACACCACAAAACCUAAGGAAGUUAAGCAACUGGGGCAAUUCCUUCAAGAGCAACAAGAACCUUUCAUAUUGGAGAUUUACCUAUCAGAAAAGGGGUAUCAGAAGAAGUUGAAUUCAGAAAGCAUUACCAGCUUUAACCAGGAUAAUUCAAGCAAGUCUUUGAAGGAUAUUCUGCAGUUUUCCAAGUUAUUGGGAGCUGCAUAUAAAAAGUUUAUAUCUAUUAACGAUGGCCGCAGAAUAAAGAACAAUGAUGACAGAAAUGGCAAAAUUAGCGCAACUGAGAUGGCCAGGAAUAGCCAAGAAGUUGCAGAACCAGAUGGCUUUUCCACCGCUAGUAGCACAAUGGUCUUCAAUUUGACUCCGGACAGCGAGAUAGAAGAAACAUCAACUCCAGUGAUAAAAAAUGACGCAUCAUUCAUUGAAAAAAGUUCUCAGUCUUUCAAGCUCUGGAGUCCAGGUGAUAAAGAGGUUGCUGCAGAAGGAAAGCUUCAAUGGAGAUGCGUAAAAGACGGUAAACAGAUAAGCCCUGUAUAUUCUCAUACAAGUUGUUCAACGGAUAAAACACCAAGACUGAAUUCAAGCAACGCUCAAGAAGAGAAUCCAUCAGGAAGUUGCGUCACACUCAGUAAGAAAAUAACAGAGGACUCCGUACUGUCAGCUUCUUUCUGGAGAAUACUUUUUCACUCAGCUAUUGAGAAGCCAAGUUGUGCAGGUGCAACAGAAACACAAGAACUUGGCCACUCUAAACCCACCACACGCAAAUCAAAAGAGAUCGUACAGCAAACAAAGCAGCUUCUAUUCGAUUGCGUAACAGAAGUUUUAGAGAGCAAUGGAAAAGAGACAAGACAGCAAAAAAAGAAAGAAGUAUUAGGGUCUGAAUUAUUUGGAAAUCUCAUCUGUGAGAAAAUUAAAGCAUGGGAAAAACAAUCAGUAGAUGGAUUCAACAUAACACAACUAUUGAAUGUAGAUUUUCAGGAUUCAAUACAAGAAUGGAAUGAAUAUGAAGCACAGGUAAUGCAAAUUGCGUUGAAGACUGGAGAUGCUAUACUAGAAGAGAUCAAAGAUCAAAUUGUUAGAGACAUGGUUCAUUUUUCAUAAAUUUGAACUUGCCCAUUGCCUCCCCAUUUUCAGUUAUUUAAAUGCUCUUUCAGUCA